UUUGACGCCUUUGGUGACCUAUUUGUCGGGUACGAUGGCAAGUGUCCCCCCGAAAUAAAUCGCACUUACCAACUUAAGUGCUGCAAGAAGUACGCCGUAUUCUGGAUUAUCCUGGUGGUGACCGCAUUGGGUGUGACCUUGGGUCUGGUUUUUGGACUCCGGAGCAAAGCGGAAGAACCACGUCGCAUUGGCGCCGUGGCAUCGAAUGGCGUGGGAUGUGCGGAGGUUGGAGGCUCCAUUCUGGAUAUCGGAGGAUCUGCUGCAGAUGCGGCUAUAGCCACCAUGUUGUGCGAAGGCGUGAUGCUGCCCCACAGCUUGGGCGUGGGCGGUGGGUUUGUUGCUACCAUUUACUCAAGAGAGACAGAAUUUAGUGAGGUUCUAAUUGCCCGAGAAACCGCUCCAGCUGCGGCCACGCAGGACAUGUUCGUCAAAACAGAAAUCACCGGCGCAUUGUCCUGUGCCGUUCCCGCCGAAAUUUAUGGAUACUCCGAGCUGCACGAUAAAUAUGGCCGCCUGCCCUGGAAAACGCUUUUCCAGCCCACCAUUGAUCUCUGCCGCCGUGGCAUCCUGGUCUCCAGGUAUCUCUCCGGAGUCCUUCAGCGCGAAGAAGAGCGUAUCAGAAACGAACCCUCCAUGGCCGAGAUUUUUAUUAAUCCGAAAACGGAUGAGGUCUACAAGCAGGGCGAGGUCAUGUACCGUCACACUUUGGCCGAAACUCUGGAAAUCAUAGCGGAUGAGGGCGCCAAAGCUAUUUAUGGCGGCGGCAGGGUAGGGAGAAAACUGGUGGAGGAUAUCCAGGCUAUGGGUGGCAUUGUUACCGAAGAGGAUCUGCAAAGUUACAAUGUUCGCUGGGAAAUGCCGCUCCACUCCCACUUCAGUGGUGGCUACAAGUUACUCACCUCGACACUGCCCACGAGCGGGGCCGUGUUAACCUUUAUGCUGAAUGUAAUGGAACCGCUGUAUACGAGCAAUACGGACAAGUACUGGCAGCGUUUAAUCGAGACUUUUAAGCACGCUUACGGGCAUCGUACCAAUUUGGGCGACAUCCACUAUGAACCAGAUGUACAGGAGAUGUACGAAAACCUUAUCGAUCCGGCCUUUGCCGCAGAGAUCCGUAAACUUAUUUUAGACGACAGGACCUUCGAGGACAUGUCGUACUACGGAGCCAAUUUUGCUAAUGAGGAGGAUCAUGGUACAGCACACAUAUCCGUUUUGGCACCAAAUGGCGAUGCCAUUUCAGUGACCAGUACAAUAAACAGCCAUUUGGGAGCCAAAGUAAGAUCUCGCCAAACAGGCUUUAUCCUCAACGACGAAAUGGACGACUUUAGUACGCCCGGAAAGGUAAAUGCCUAUGGCAUACCCGCCAGUCCCGCAAACUUUAUCAAACCAGGCAAACGGCCGAUGUCCUCAACUUGUCCCAGCAUCGUUUUAGACACCCAUGGGAAUGUUAAAUUGAUUGUGGGUGGUGCCGGUGGGUCAAAAAUUACCACCUCUGUUGCCCAGACUAUUCUAAGGUACUUUGUACUCCACGAACCUAUUGAGAAGGCGGUGAAUUCAGGACGAUUGCAUCACCAACUGGCGCCAAUGCACAUUGACAUGGAACCAAAUGUUCCUAGGCAUACUGUCGCCUAUUUAAGUGCUAUUGGACACGACAUCAGAUUUCUGGAAGAUGAUAAGGCAUAUUCCGCACAGACGGCCAUUGGAAUCUUGGGCACUGAACCACACCCCGUCUGCGAUCGUAGAAGAGUGGGGAGCGCGGUGGUAGUCGAACCAGAUAGAUUAGAAUAGAUGUAAGGGAUGUUCAUUUCAUCUUAAGUUUUAGGAAAGCCCGUUAGAAUAUUUUAGUGGUGUUCAUCUGAAUUAAAUAAAUGUCGGGGAAGAUCUUUUCUAGAUGCUUUCUUUUAUAAUA